AUGUCAUUGAUGUUCCUUUGGACCUGCUGCAACAGCCUGGUGGAAGCUACCGAGCAGCUGGAGACGGCCGCGGCCCGCAUCCUUGACCCCGCGGCGGCCGUCGCGCACGUGGGGGAGGCGGCGGGCGGCGCCGCGGCAGCGGGCGGCGCGGCAGCGGGCGGCGGGCGGCGGCGGCGGGCGUGGCUGGACGGGCGCGGCAGCUUCAUGCGACCGCUGCUGCAUCUGAUGGUGAUGCGGCCCACAUGGCAUCAUUUGAAGACGGCGGCGGUCGACCACAUCCCCGCGGCGCUGAAGAGCCGGGAGGCCCUGUCUGCAGCGCUGUCGGACCGCACCUUCCAGGCAGCUGCCAAGUUCUUCUUCGCCACGUCGACCGUGCUGCUGCUCACCCUCGCCCUGUCUGCGGCGGAGCCGUCUGUGCGGUACGCGCAGCCGAUCUUUGGCUUCGUGGCGACGUGCGUGGCAGUGCAGGAGCGCGUGGAGGCCACCGCUGACAAGGCAAGCCGCGGCCGAGGGACAACCUGA